CUUUGAUAUCUCCCACCACAAUCCCGGGUCGCUGGUGGUUUUCCUUCAACAAACUAACCCCAAGGUCUUCGUCUAGACAGUCGCCAUGGGUCGUGUGAUCCGCAACCAGAGGAAGGGCCGUGGCUCCAUUUUCACGGCCAACACCCGCCUUAACAAGACUCCUGCUCAGUUCCGUACCUACGACUUCGCUGAGCGCCAUGGCUACACUCGGGGCGUUGUGAAGGAGAUCAUCCACGAUGCUGGUCGUGGUGCUCCUCUCGCCAAGGUCCAGUUCCGUCACCCCUACAAGUUCAAGACCGUCACCGAGACCUUCAUCGCCAACGAGGGCAUGUACACCGGCCAGUUCAUCUACGCCGGCAAGAACGCUACCCUGACCGUCGGCAACGUCCUCCCCCUGGCCUCCGUUCCCGAGGGUACCGUUGUCACCAACGUUGAGGAGAAGUCCGGCGACCGUGGUGCUCUGGGCCGUACCUCCGGUAACUACGUGACCGUCAUUGGCCACAACCCCGAGGAUGGCAAGACCCGUAUCAAGCUGCCCUCCGGUGCCAAGAAGGUUGUCAAGAACACCGCCCGUGGUAUGGUUGGUAUCGUCGCCGGUGGUGGCCGUACCGACAAGCCUUUGCUCAAGGCUUCUCGCGCCAAGCAUAAGUUCGCUGUCAAGCGCAACUCGUGGCCCAAGACUCGUGGUGUUGCCAUGAACCCCGUGGAUCAUCCUCACGGUGGUGGUAACCACCAGCAUAUCGGUAAGGCCUCGACCAUCUCCCGCUACGCCACCCAGGGUCAAAAGGCCGGUCUCAUCGCUGCCCGGAGAACUGGUCUGCUCCGUGGUACCCAGAAGAUCAAGGAAUAAAUGUGAUACCGAGUGGAGUUUUUCUUUUCUUUGUGACGGGUUGAAAAUUUGCUAUGAGACAUAUGUACCUAGGCGACUGCGGAUAAGCCUCCCACGCGCCCUUAGCGAAUACAGGUUGUGGCCACCAAAAUUUUCUUGAUGAACGAUGAAAAAUAAAAGGGAAACAAUUAGGUUUAACGUACACAUGUCUGGGUACCCUGAUAGUGAUUUAUAGCAAGUCGGCUUCGCUUGGUGGCUAGGUAUGUAGUAGAGCACUGGAUGGACGCAAUGAUCAAUCGCUGUGUCUGGCAGAGUCCUUAAUUCCCAGGCAUUGUAGUAAAUCAGUCAUGCGCUGGUUUAGAAGGCAUUGCAUUCUGCAAGAUCACGG